AUGGCUCGCAGACAAAAGAGGCGAGACGAGACGAGACGGCAGUGCAGCGCCACACCCACUCGUCGGACCUCUCUCUUCUCUUUGCAGCAGUGGGACCUGUUGCUGUACCUACUACGAGUCUACGGAUACGUCCAGCGCACAUGGGAAAAUCCUACUGCAGCUUCUUCUCCCCAUCGUAUCGGCCAACCGUCGUCGUUCCGCACUCUUCCGCGCUUCUUGUUGAUCCUACACAACGUGCCCGUCGGAUCUCAAGUCGAAGCUGCCCUCCCAUCUCAGUCCGAAGGGGUGGGAAACGUGGCAUGCUUAAGCGGCAUCUUGCCCAAAUCGAGGCUGUAG